AUGAGCGGGGCCGGGCUGGGGGCCGCCGUGCGGGAGUACAACGCGGAUCUGCAGGAGGGGCUGGCGGAGCUGCGCGAACGGCGGCGGGAGCUGAGCGGCCGGAUCCGGGAGGAGCAGGCGGAGCGGGACCGGCUGCAGGGGCGGAUCGUGGCACUCACCAGGCGGCUGCUCCGCACCAGCGAGAGCCUGGCCCAGCUCCUGGCCGAGCGCUCCCAGCUCGACGGCGUGAUCGCCGAGACCGAGGCGGCCUGCAGCCAGAUACUGGAGGCAUUGCCAGCUGACCUGAAGCAAGGAACAGGGGGUGCUGGUAAAGCCAGUGAGCCGCCAAACACUUCCAAAGGACAACAAGCAGGUGAAGAAAAGCAUGGCUAA